AUGCAAGAGAAGGUGCUUCUGGAAACCAAGUCCUUAGAAUCGGUUUACAAGACCAUCGGCAACCACAACAACUAUCUUCGCUUGCAACUUGAACAGUAUAAGGCUUAUCUCCAGAACGUCCGGAUCAUGAGCACGGCCAACCAGAAGGGAAAAACUGUUGGCGGCGGCGUUGGCAUCGUCAGCGUUGAUGGCAAGGAGAAGAAAAUCCCAAAGGCUCAGGCCCUGGGGCCCCACAAAUUCAGCCAUGCCCAGUUCAAGAAGGAUGGUGUGAUCGUCGACACUAACGUCCCUGAAAACCGGUCCGUCUCUUCCUCCUUGUCCCUCUCUCUCUGCGUGUGUGGUUUUGAAAAGCUGGUUGAGUUGGCAUUUGCGAAUCAAUCCAGUCUAUCUAAGAUCGGUGAAUAG